AUGGAGCAGGACAAGGCGUGGCGCGUAAAUGAGGCCAAGAGAGUAAGAGAAGAACCCAACGCCUCGACUCUGACUCCGCAGGGUCUUGGUACCUCGGUGCACUUUGCCAGUCCAGAGGGUGGCAGCGUCAAGGCUUCAGUGGGCUUAAUGUGGGUGAAUCCCAGUCAGAACCAGUCAGCGGCGGCUGUUGAGCGGCCCUUACAGCGGCUGCGCAGCGAAGUUGCGUUGAUGCUCAACGGUAUUCAGUUGAUGUGCGGCACAGCAUACCGGUACAACCAGGGCAUGCCACGCGCCGGGUUGCCGGCUAGGGAGGCCGGUCCUCCUUGCUACCGGUAG